AUGCUUUUGGUUCCAGCAGGGAUGAAGUCGAUGGCAAAUUGGCUUAAUUUGAACGACGAUAACGGUUACUUUUUGGCCAGCAAAAACAAAUUAAUAAUAUCUGUUGCUAAAUCCGAAUAUACCUUGCCAGACGAAACUCGGGAAGCAUUAGAAAAAAUUCUCAAAAUUGCGGUUGAAAAACAGAAUAUUUCUGGUCUGGUUAGUCUUUCCUUAAUUAGCAAAAAAGAAAGCCGGCAGUUAAAUUUGCGUUAUCGGAAGAUAAACAAAUCUACUGAUGUUUUGGCUUUUCCUUUUUAUUAUAACUACCAGAAAGAAAUUGGCUCUUGCUCCGUUGGGGAAUUACGGGAUUUAGGAGAUAUAUUUAUCUGCUAUCCCGUAGCCCAGAAGCAAGCCCAAGAAAAUCAACCCUCUUUAUCACAAGAGAUUUGUUUCUUGUUUCUUCACGGCUUACUUCAUUUGCUAGGUUACGACCACGAAAAGGAUAAAGACCGAAAAAUAAUGUUUGACUUACAAGACCAAAUAUUAGAGAAAAUAAGUCAAGGGGAAAAAACAGAUAUAUUACAAA